AUGAUGGAUGAAUAUGCUGAUGCCAAAUGGAACCUACCGGGUUGGAGAAUAGAACAAAAAUAUAAUACAGAUGUCUUGAUAGGAAAUUGGAACGAAGAACGUAGAGUGGUAGGUACACCGUGUAUGUUUGGUGAUUAGAUCUUCGAAAAUAGUAACAUCCCGCUUGUAAUAAGUGUCUGCACAAUGGAAACUAUCAGACUGUGUAAAAUAAGUUGGGAAAGUUAUAUCAGGAAGCUUGCACUUAUAAACUACAAAUAAAUAAAGGGAGGUAUGAAAGUCUUGCCUACCGUUGUAGAGAUCAAUAUGCAAAAAUUAAAGGCACGCGCAAAAUGUAGGCUUGAAAAUUCUACUUAUGUUUACACCGGCAAAUUGAAAAAGAUCCCUCAUAGUUUAUUGAUGUAAGAAUCAGUUAAGUUUAUUUGAUAAAAAGAUCCCCUACAGGAAGGCGGGUUUUUUUAUAGCAUCACAAGCGUGAUGCUUGCUUUCCAUUCUUUGCAUAUUUUUGGUGUUAAAUUAUAUUUUUGUUAGCUACCAGUCCCCAGUUUUAGUAACAUCUUCUUGUGAACAUUUUCCCCCUGGCACAAACGACCAUAUCGAAGUAAAAUUUUCUUCGAUAAAUAUUCUUAAAAAUGCUAGGAGUAAUAAAAAAAGAUUUUUGGGGGAAAGGGGGGGGGGGGAUUUAAAACUUUGCAGAAUUUUUAGAUAAUUGUAGGACUAUUUGAUAUUAGGGUUAGAGCAUCUUUAAACAGUGUCACUGAAGAUGCUGUCAUAAAAUAACAAAGAAUCUUUUCAAUAAAGUUCAAGUUUGUGCGUGAAGAAAGUGAAGAAAAGUUGUGUUGGCUCUGAUCCCUGCAUCAUUCCCCUAAUAUCCAUUGUUUUACUAUUAUACUUUAAAACAUGUUAUGUGAGAAAAUGCUGAGAUUGACCAGCCCAUGAUCUAUGGAUAUUUCUCUUACAGUGAGUUCUGGUUUAUACCUUUGCUAUUUGCCUGUUUUUAGUUUGAGAGAGGAUCCUCCUUCUUUAAUAGCACUCAUAGAGUGGAUUUCAAAAAUUAUGGAAAAUGUCUGCCUGAUGUCACAACCAGGAGGAAAGCCCUUGAGAAACAUGAUGUAAGUUAAUUCAAAAUUCUUAUUCAAGGUCAAUUAGUCCUCGCUCACCUGUUUUGCUCUUUUACCUUGCAUUUCUCUGUCUGCAGCUCACUCGUUAAGCCAGUAACCCAUUCUCAUUCCCAGACCAGCAAUCCUUUUGGCUAGCACACAGUGGUCGAGAGCUGCUGCUGCAGUUGAAGUCAGAAGUCUACAAAUCACAGACUUCUGGCUAUCUGUGCAGCGUUAGGAAACCAUGUACUGUGCUGGCAUAUGCGGGACCCAGCUAGAGCCCUUGAUCCAACCUCGUUCACAGGGUUCUCUCCUACCCGCUCCGUAGGGCGGGUAGGAGAGGACCCUGGGAACGAGGUUACCCUUGAUCUUUUGGCAGGCCAAAAGUAUAACAUAUAUCAUGGCCUAUGUGUAACCGCACACUCCCCUGACAAAGGGAAAGGAUGCAGCUACGUGUAUAAGGCAACACCUCUGGAGAUAAGAAUGCAAGUCAUCAUAUCAGGUACUUACUGGUCUGAUAGUCCUUUCGGCUAAUUUGUUUGAUAUUUUUUCGUUAGGGUCUAGGAAAAGAGUUCAUUUUCUCUCACCACCAAAAAGCUUAUGAAGGAAACAGAAUCUCCUGGUACGAUCAGCAGUUUAAUAAGCGAGAGAUUGAAGAGUCUAAGCUCCCACCACUGAGAACAUGGGAUAGACAGAAGCUGGCCUGGGCACCAGAGAAAUCGGACUAUCCUAUUCAAGGUGUGUCAAGUCAAAUUUUGGAUGUUAUGUUGACUGUUGUAUCCUUAUUGAUGAAAAACUGUUUUACAGUGACUGUCUGACCCUGUUAACAAGAAAAAGAGGUUAAUCUACUAAAUCCUGUGUUAUAUGUACUUUCAGGGCAUCCCACAAACUAUGGUUUAUUAGAAAAACUUCAGCAAAAAUGGAAGAAAGAAGCAGCCAUGGAAAACCUUGGGAUACAUUUGUCCACAUACAACCUGUCAUACAACCGUCAUCCUAGAGCAUCAUUCACUCUUCAACAUUAUGCACCGUCAAAAAGCCUCUCCUGUCAUUUUCAUCCUCAUCGUGUCAACAAAGACCUUCAUUUACGAGGAAAACAGCUGAACACUGCUCCAGAAUUUCCACCAACCCUUGCCAUCCCUCACAAUGUGCCCCCUGACUUUCCACAAUCAACCAUUCUUGCAGUGUGAGGUUUAUGUUGUUUGAGGACACUGGCUUACAACAAGCAUUCCAGCACCCCCCUGUGUUCAACAAUUCAAUACUGACAGCUACAAUGUAGCUUUUGCUCAUCUCCAUCCAGUUGCAAAGUUUUAGAAGUAAAAGUUAACCAACAAUGUAAUAUCUGCUCUUAAGCAUAAUUUGCUCAAGUGGACAUGGACACUGUGAUAAUUAAAACUUAAUCUGACUGUAUUGAUAGUUACUGCACACUUUAUUACAAGAUUACUGUAAUGGCAUUUAAUCUUGCAGCAAUUUCUUAUCAUAAUGAACUGUUAACAAGUACAGUCUGGAUUUUCAUGUAUUUAAAAUUUAAUCAUGACCCAUCAUCCGGCCUUUUCAAGCCUACAUAUUAUUGUUUACCAUUUCUGAGCCAAAUUAGGAAUGGCAACUUUGUAUGCAAUGCAAUAAUGCAUUUGCUUUGUGGGGAAAGUAAAAGUCCUACUAAGAUAUGGACUACAUGUCUGUAACUACAGUUUUUAACUCCAAAAGUUAUUAUUUUGUUGUUAUCCUUCCAAAUCAUAUCAGAAAACAAGUCUAAAACUUCUGAUAAAAUAAAUAUCAUUACUUUAUUCGGGUCUGAUAUACAUAAAUACAAUAGUAAAAAUAAUUGCCUCAUUUGUUUCCUGCACAUUAUCUCGAUCCAAGAUGUAUGCCCAUUGUUGGUCCUCUUUUGUCACACAGAAUAAUAAAAGCAGUCCAUAGAUCAGAAAGAUUAGAACAGAAAAUAAAAGUACAAAUAGGCUAGUGAUUUUUACCAAAAGAAAUCAACAGACAAGUACAGUUCUGAAUAUCUAGGCUUAAUCUUGUACUUUCAAGUUCUUAAU